GCCACUGUGCGGUGGCCACGAGAAACGAUUUGGCAGGCGCCGCUCUCGCCGCGACAGACAGCCGCCGCACGCGAGACACGUGUGCAAGCAAGCAGCGUGUGAGUGAAAACCGCAACAACGUGUGCGCACAGUUUGUCGCCGUCCGCUAGCCAUGGAGCCCGCUGGUGACUGCUUUGUACCUGGAGGUUUCUUCAGCGUGACGAACGGCUGGAAAAAGCGCUUCGGCAACGUCAAAAUACCCACGGAAGCGCAGCUCGAAGAACACAUGGUGUCGAGCGGAGCGCGCUUCGCGCGACAGCAAAUGAAAGGAACGAUGUUCCAAGAAGAAGGAUACGUGCGCAACGUCAUGUACAACGACGUGUCAGCAGAAUCCACGUGCGGACUUUUGCGUAGUAUCUGCCUACCGUCAAUGAAAGGCGGCUAUUACAUCGUGCACGCCGCGAUUUCCAAGGCGUCGGGCUCCAUCCUGGCUGGUCAUUGCCUCUGCCCCGCAGGCCUGAGCGGCACAUGCCAACAUUUUGUUGGGUUAAUCCUUCAUGCCAUUCACUUGGCGCAAAAGGAUGCGGCAACGUGCCCGGAAGUUCCAUGUGCUUGGAUUGUUCCUGCCCAAGUCAAAAAGCAUGAGCCACCUCUGCCUCUGCAAGACAUCACUUUUCACACAAGGAAACAUGAAGGUGCGAAAAGGCGGCGGUUUGAUCCACUGCCAGGGCUCUCACCGAGUGACCCAUCUCUGGUUGCUGCCGAUCUCGAAAAGGUGGCAGCAAACUGCCUGCUUCUCCGUUAUAUGAGCAAAGAAAACUCAGGAGAAUCACUUGAUGAACACAGUCCCAGUGAAGUGGCACCAGAAGCUUCAGACACUCCACUGGUCCCAGACAUUGAAGACAUCCACAGUGAAACCUGUCAAAGACUCAUACAAGAGAGGUUUGAUGCUAUACAGGCCCUCUCGGUGGACAGCAGAGCAGUUGUUCUCGAGUCAACGAUUGGACAGGCCGCAAAUCCAACCUGGCACAUGGAGCGGAUUGGUCGGCUAACUGCCUCAAUGUUUAAAAGAAUUGUGCGGUGCCGGAAACCUGACAGUAUUGUUAAAGAGAUACUUUACCCGCGGAGCUAUAAAACUGAAGCCAUGCACUAUGGAAAUGUGCACGAGCCAGAUGCCGUUCAGGCAUAUGAACAGCUAAUGGCCUGCAUGGAUAAGACCAUAACUGUGGGAUAUACAGGCCUGCACGUGCAUGCUGAGCAUCCGUUUAUUCCUGCAUCCCCAGAUAGACUGUUGAAGGUGUCGGACCUCGUGGAGCCUAAUCCGAUUGUGGCCGUGCGGUGGCUGAGGAACGAGCGCAUGUAG